UGAGGUUAUGUUUUAUCACUCCUACCGUAUCAACCGUAAAUCAAAGAAUCGAGUUUGCUUGAUGAUACAUUCAUAGGAAAAGUAACACAAUAGUUGCAAUUAUAAAAAUGACAGUGCGUUGCGUGGUCCGUGGUUGCAAAUCCGGUCUCGUUUCCGAUAAACAACAAAAAAUUCGCGCAGGACUCAAGCCUGCUACACUGUUUACUGUACCCAAGACCACAGAUUUGUUGAGGCAAUGGAGCAAUGCACUACAUCAGGAACUUCAGCACAAUGAAAAAGUCUGCGAACUGCACUUUGCAGUGACAGAUGUGAUAAAGAGUGACGACACAAUUUUACCGGACGGUUCUAUAUUUUCUCUUCCAAGGAACAAAUAUUUAUUGCGCAAAAAUGCUAUACCCAAAGAUAUUUUUGAACAAGACAGUACACCGUUGGAGAAAGAGGAUCCUGUAAUAACGCAAAGUAUCCAAACUGAUACUGCAGCCGAUGACAUCAACUUGGUAAUCGGUCAAUUGCCAUCAAGUGAAUCUUUGGUAGAGAUGACAUCAAUGGAUGUAGAGGAGGUUUUAAUUAGUAAUGGUAUAAGUGGCUCAUUGCAUGAUAAUUUUGAAAGUGACUCACCAAUCAUGGAAGCUUUGAACGAAGGUAUUUUAAACGAAACUCUGUCCAAUGAUCAUCAGUAUUUUGUUGAUAGAACGAAACCAGAUCAGUAUUAUUAUUUCAAUAGUCGAGUAGCAGCUAUGUUUACUAUUCCAAUGCUCAAUAAUCAUUUUGAUAAUGAUAAGAAGUUUGAUGAACUUGAAAACGCACAAGAAAUUAAAGUUCCAAAUGAUAAGAAUAAGUCAAUUGAAGAAAAUUCACAUGUCGAUUUUACGAAUGUUGGAGAAGCACCACCCUCUCCACAACUAUUUUGUGAGAUGUCGUCAGAAGUAACGAUACGAAGUAUUAAAGAUUACAUUCUCAAAAAUCCCUUACCAAAAACUUGGAGCUGGAUGCAUUUUACUAGUACAGAUAAUGGAAUUACUUUCGCACAAAUAGAUUGCACAACAAAAAAAAUUAGAUGUUUUGUACAAGUUUAUGAAGAUUUGACUGCAUCGAUUCAAACUGGUGAUGAAGAAGUAUGCAUGGAAAUAAAAUAUGACUUUCUGUCACCAGAGUGUAUUUUAAACUUGUUAGAUAAAGUAGAAAAAAUAAAAAUAUGCACUGGGGCCGAAAAUGGCAGCCGAGACAAAUGCUGCUCUGGAAUCAUCACUGAAGAAGAGAAUCAAAAGAUGGCGACGUUACACGUCAGAUGUGCGGCUUGUAGAAAACUGAGAAUACAAUUCCGUAAUCGCUUCGAAUAUGCCAAUCAUUUAAAAACAAAAUAUCGCCAUUUAAAGAAGGAACUAAACGUAUUGAAAAGGAAGUGUAAUAAUUAUGAAAAAAAAGAUUCUCGUACAAAAUAAUAGACACAGAAUACAAUAAAACUUGCCCAAUCCAGUAAUUUUGCAUGGAAAGAAACAGAUUUGGCAACAAAGUCAAAUUUUAUUCAAAUUUUAAAGCCGCUUUGAUAAGCACACUGUAUUGUUCAAAUCUUGAUCUGAAGGCAGAAAUGUUUACUCAAUUAGUAUCAACACAAUUUUUUAUAUUAGGGGUUGAGCACAAUUAAUUUUUGCCAAAGAUAAUUAACGAAACAUAUGCCAUGAUAAUCUUGUCAUUUUAUGUAUCACUGUAUUUUCUUUAAUUUUUUUAUGUAUUUAUUUGUGAAUCACGAAGUCAAUCUUGCGUGAGUUAAAUUUUAUACUCUUAAGUAAAUGUUUCAUAACUAUUUUAUGAAGUAUUAAUGCAUUUAUUGUACUACUACUUAACUGUAUGUAUUUUUUAAACUUUUUUUAAGGCAUGUGCAUGUAAAAAUAUUUUUAAACACUGAGUU